AUGGAGAAGAAAUAUGUUUCUCUUUUCAUGGUUGUGGUGGUUCUAGGAAUGAUGGUAUCAAAAUUUGAAGCACGUCAAAUUGACGACAUUACAUGCCCCGAGGCUCUUUUGUCCUUGUUGCCAUGUCUUCCCUUUUUGCAAGGAACUGGAGGUGCUACACCACCUAAAAACUGUUGUGAUGGAGCAAAUACUUUAAAUCAAAAGGCAAACACCACCCCGAUUCGAAGGGAUGUUUGCAAUUGUCUCAAACCCGCAGCAUCGAGAUUUGGAGUUAAACCUGACAAAUCAAAACAACUACCACAACUUUGUAACAUUACUCUGUCGGUUCCUUUUGAUCCUAACAUUGAUUGCAACACGGUUCAAUAA